AUGGGUGUAAUGCAAAGAAUCAAGAAACCGACAACUCGUAGAGGUAAAAAGGUGCUUCUUUCGAAAGAGCCUAAAUUUAUUGAAGGCCCCAAACAAUGUAUUUUUAUACAGGGGCGCAAACCAUCCGAAAGAGCACGAAAAGUUUUAAAGGAUAUAUACGACUUAAAGAAACCAGAUGCAGCGUAUCUUAAUCGUAAAAAUGAUUUUGUACCUUUUGAAGAUGCAACUCUCAUUGAAAAACUAUGUUACAAAAAAGAAGCUGCUCUAUUUGGUGUCAGUUCUCAUUCAAAGAAGCGGCCUCAUAAUAUUAUAUUAGGAAGAACAUUUAACUAUGGAAUUCUUGAUAUGAUUGAACUUGGUGCAGAUAACUUUAAGUCAAUGUCUGAGUUUCACAACAUGAAAGUGUUAUCAGGACUAAAACCCUGUUUGCUAUUCAAUGGACCUUCUUGGGAAUUAAAUCACGAUUUAAAAAGGCUGAAGUCACUGUUUAUUGACUUCUUUCAUCGGGAAAAGGUUGAAACAAUUAGGUUGCAGGGCUUAGAACAUGCAUUCAGUUUCACGGCAACAGAGGAUGGUAACAUCUAUGUCAGGUCAUACAGAAUUCUGCUUAAGAAGAGUGGUCAGCGUACUCCAAGAAUUGAACUGGAAGAAAUAGGACCAUCAAUUGACUUCAAACUGAGAAGGACUAGAUUAGCAUCUGACGACUUACUCAAGGAAGCAUGCCGAGUCCCAAGAGAAUUAAAACCAAUCACAAAGAAGAAUAUUUCGCGAGAUGCCUUUGGUAGCAAGAUGGGACGCAUUCACAUGGGCAAACAGGAUAUACAACGGUUACAGACCAGGAAGAUGAAGGGAUUAAAGAGAACUGCCGAGGAAAAGAAAGAAAUGUUGUUGAAAAAGAAGAAGGCUAAAAAGGAAGCUAAAGCUCAAGCUCAAUAA